AAUAGAGCGAAAACUAAAAUAUACUGAUAUAAAAGCAACAGAUACAUCCUCCCCCUGAUGUUACACAAAAUUAGAUACAAAAGUACUUAUUAUAAAGUGGGGGAACAUUAGCGAAUAUCGCCCAGCUGGAAUAUGGUAAGCCUUAGGCUUCACGUAGCUGACAGGUGUUUCAAGCGAUUAUCGAGCAAAUAUGGAGUAUUGGUGGAGGAAUCAGAGGAUUGUGCUCAACGAUGGGAUUUGGCUGCUAUGGAACGUUAUAUGCGUGAUCAUGCUGAUGAAAGUUUGGCCUUAGGACUUCUGUCGCGUGACCAGGUUAGAACUAUGCGCCGUAAACCUGAACCCCUGCCACCAGAGUGCAGGGAUGACAGUAUUAUAGAAUGUGAAGAAAGCGCUGAAUGUGAGAGUAGUCCAUCAUGGACAUCGGACAGUAUGGGAAACACGCCAUCCUAUAACAGUUCUGGACUUGCCUUCGAAUUUAAACAGAAAUGUUUGAUGAGUGCUGAAGGCAGCCAAAUUAACGUUGAAAAUACAGGAGGUCAUCUUUUGGCGGGAAGAAAAUUACGAAUUUCUGGAAGUCUCAGCACUGACCAACUGUCUAGUUACAGUGGCCGUGAUUCUAGCAUGGAUUUCCACAGUGACUGGUCAAGCAAAAUCCGUGACAAAAGUCACAAACUUGGGUACGGUAACAACAAACCUCUAGAGGGUGCCACUGGAUCUAUACCCUCAUCCAAAUCUACUGGAGGAAAAAUCUCACGAUUGUUACGCAGAACUCACAGUGCUGGGUGUUCAAAAGAAACUCUUGCCCAUGCUUUGUUUCCACGAGAGAAAAUGCCUGUUACAAAGACUAAGUCCAUGGAAUCAACAGCGUAUGACGUAGAUGAAAAGCAGAAAAAAGAAAGGAAAACUCUGGCUCAGGAUAUGAAGAUGAGGCUGAGCUUCCUUCGGCGGAGACAGGUGGAAGCUUCUUUCCAGCAACCUGUCCGACCACCAAGAGAAGUAGUUCAGAAAUGGGCGGAGUCUUUCCAGGAAUUAAUGUCCAGUAAAUAUGGUCAAGCGUUGUUCAGGGCAUUCUUGUCAAGGGAGUUCAGCGAGGAGAAUAUUGAAUUCUGGCUGGCAUGCGAAGACUUCAAAAAAUCACGUAUCAAUAAACUUCUUUCUAAAGCCCGAAAAAUAUACAACGACUACAUUGCUGUACAGGCGCCAAGAGAGGUGAAUCUGGACUCCACAACGAGAAACACGAUUUUCAAUAAUCUUUCAAAUCCUGACCACCACUUAUUUGAUCAAGCCCAGAAGCGAAUUCAGGGAUUAAUGGAAAGGGAUACAUAUCUCCGCUUUCUCCAGUCGGAGCUGUACCUGGAGCUUCUGUAGCAAAAUAGUUCCACAUGAGAUAACUUAUGAACACUUUUUUAUAACUGUGAAUUUGGUAAAAAUUCAAAAGGUUCGUGUGGACAAAGAGCCAAGGAAAGUAAAAACUCACGAAAGAAAAUAUCCUAAAGACUGAUAAAACCCGAAAAUGUGACUAUACAUACUUCCAUGGUUCUUUGGAAUGCACUCUUUAAUAUCUUAUGGGAAACAUAUAGCAUGAUGGUCAAUGUUGCUGGACGUUACCAACCAAUUCUAACAACAAGAAAUUUGCGAACAAGCCAGAUAUAGAAAAAAACGUUUAGUGAUAGUUGAUUAAACUCAUUGCCAAACAGACAUUCGAAUAAACACUUCGCGAGAAGAAGAAAAUAGAAACGAAGAAACAACAGGUAAACUGUGGGAAAGUUUUGUAUAUAUUGCGCCAUCUAGUGAUGAUCUUCAAGCAAGAUAAUAAACUAUUGGAGGUUGUUUUUUUUAGUGUGAUUAAGCUAGUGUUGACUAUAAAUGAAUACUGGAUACUAAGACUUUAAACGACACAUCAAUGUUGAUCUGCUUGACUGUUUGCCUACGAUUGUUUACGUUUUGUUGUCAUUCUAAGAUUAACAACGAUAUACAAGGAAUCCGAGUAUCGUUUAUUGUGAAUUGUGAAGUUUCGUGUCCUCGCUAAAAUGUGCAACUUCAGAAAUUCGUAGGUUGUUUAUUUUCUUCAUUAAAGUUAUGCAUAUUAACGUAGAAGCGAAAAUUCGCAAUUAUUUUACAAGCCAGUCCGUUUAACAAUUAUGAAUAAUUAAUUAUGACAGUAUAGCUGCACAUUAUUCAAAUGAUGAGGAAAUGACUAUACUCAACUUUGCAAAAUAGUGUAUUAAUCUAUCGUACUUCAAAGUUUUUCGUAAAUGUUGCUUUGUUGUAAUCAGCCUAGAAUAAAGGUAUUUAGUAAUGACCUAAGAUUAAUCACUAGAUGGCGCCAGCUUAUAUACGGCUGGCCAGGAAGGCAAACAUCGUAAACAUUCUACAUUUACUCUAUCAAACGCUUGCAGCUAAAACUAUAUAAACUCUUUAAUUUGAUGUAAGAAAUCUGAAAUACUAUAAUAAUCUAGAGGGAGCUAUAAAAACGUUUAUUGGUCAAUUAGCUAGUUAUUAAUGAAGAUGAUUCACAGUUUGUAAACAAAAUUUGGAAAUUCUUAUAUUAACUCUUAAUUCGUUUCUUGUAGUCACGAUUAUUAAUUUUAUUUGAAAUGGAAAACAGUUUUGAAAAAAAUUCAGGUCGCUAUCACACUACUUGUUUUCUCUCGUCUACAUGUUGAGCGUAUCUUGUUAUUUUUCAAUAUUCUUACAAUUAGUGAUUACAUCCCGGAUCUUAAUAAGAUUAUGGAAAACACUAACAGUACAUGAAGAUGAACAAGUCAGUAUGUCAUAAUUAUUAGUUCUCAGACUUAGACUUUUGCAUAAUUAAAGUUAAAAUCAUUUUUACCCUUGACGUGUUUAGAUGUUUUGAACUAAGUAAACAUUUUUCAGGCGUUCAGCUUUUUUGUAUGUGCUGUUGUUCUUCAGGUGACAUAACAAGCUAUACUAAAGAUUAGAGUGGAGAAUAUAACAAUAGUAAUCCGCUCAAUUUGGAAAGCGAUAAAUCUUAUUCUGUGAAACCGAACGCGUGUUUUGCUUCUUCAAAUAAGUAAAUUCAUAUGUAGAUAAUUUGUAAGAGUGAAAAAUACUUUAAAUAGGAAAAGAGCUAUAAAGACAAAUACAGAAACCAAGUACCAGAAGCUAUUGCUAACUACCUAAUUAACAAAGCUUGUGCAUAUCCUUGAGUUAAUAUAAACACAUAGAGCCGUGUUUGCGAUUUUCGCUAAAGCGUUUAUUUCAUUCUAUUAUUCAAGAUUUUACAAAAUAAAAUCUCGAAUUUCCAACAUAUGAACUUAAAAGACUUGUCAAAAACACGGAACAGUUUAUAAAAACGAUCUUAAAAUCACUAGCCGCUUAUUAAUCCAUCUCGCAUGGUAACAGUCAACCAACAUAUCUCGGUGAAAUGUAGCCAAACUUACUCAAUUUAUUUGUUGAAAGAUCAGUGUGACUGUGAGUAUAGGAUUGUCGGUGAUGAAUUCUACACUGACAAACUUGUGUAAGUAUGAUGACGUGAUUACGAAAUUCACGUACGUGUUACGACUUAAAUCAAUCGUUUCACUGUUUUCUAAGAAACUUUUUUGGAACUUUUACGGUAUAUGCUGUCGUUCGUUUAAUUGAUAUAUAUAUAUUACAUAAAACAAACGGCUAAGACCUCUAUAUUCUUAAUAAAAUUACGAGCUAUGUUUGCAUGUAAGGUUAUUCGUAAAAGGUCACACUAUUUCUAGUUUUCACGAAAUGGUUGCUCUAUAGUUCUAUGAGAUCGUCAAACCUCUUAAAACCUGCUCUUCCCAUGAUGUUUUGAUGAUAAAAGUUUCAACGAAAUACAAAUUUUAGAUCAUACAUAAGAAUGAAUUUUAAAUUUCCUGUAUAAUUCUGAAAAACGAGAUAUUGAUGUAAAAAGUUAUUCUAUGUAUAUUGAUACUAACACAUUAACUUAUAUUAAUUGAAAAUUUUGCUGUUGAUUACAAUUUCACUCCUUUUUCAACUUUCUUAAGAUUCGUUAAUUAUCAUUCUUAAUUGUUUCGUUGUAACUGAGCUCAACAUAUUUUAUAGAUUAUUUAGUGGAAAUUGUACGUGAUCCAAAGUUCAAGACUCGGUGUAAUGUAAACUCAAAACUUCGUGUAAAUAUAAUAUUUAAAUUUUAUUUGUGUAUUCAUGUUACUUCCUAAUAACUGUGUGAAAAUGGGUGUGGAAAUCUUAUUCAUGUGAGCGUUUUUAUUUAUUAUGAACUAUGAGUUUUGUGAGUGAACAUUAAUAAAGAAAUUACAAUUUUUAAGUUUA